AUGUCCACCGACACCCCAGCCCAGCCGCCGCCGCCGCCGGUCAAGUACGCCGUGGCGCUCUUUCCCGGGUUCCAGCUGCUCGACGUCGCCGGGCCGCUCGACGUGCUCGCCGUGCUGGCGGCGGCGCAGCAGAGCCCCGUCGAGGUCGCCGUGCUCGCCGCCACGCUCGCGCCCGUGUCCUCGCGCACCGCGCGGCCCGGCUCCGUCGGCCAGGCCAUUGUGCCCACGCACACCUUUGACGCGCCCCCCGCCGACGUCGAGGUGCUGCUGGUCCCCGGCGGCGGCGGCACGCGCGACGUCCACGCCACCCAGGACCUGGUCGACUACGUCGAAAAGGUCUUUCCGAAACUGCGGUACUUUUUGAGCGUGUGCACCGGCGCGGCGCUGGCCGCCCGCGCCGGUGUCCUGGACGGACGGAGGGCCACGACGAAUAAGCUGGCGUUUGACUGGGUGCGUAUUACUCUCUUAUUUUCUUGUUGCAAUGAGGACAGCUGGCAGUGUUUUGGCAAACUGACAAGUCUGGCACAGGUCGCGUCGCAGAAUCCAAAGGUCCACUGGGUCCGUCAUGCCCGCUGGGUGACUGACGGCAAUGUGUGGACGUCGUCGGGGAUAUCGGCUGGCAUUGACAUGACGUUUGGCUUCGUCGCGGCGCAGUACGGCGAGGACGUCGCGGCUACGGUCGCGCACAGACAAGAGUACAUCCGCAACACGGAUCCGAACAAUGAUCCCUUUGCGCCGGACUCACCGCAGAAACAAUAG